AUAAAAAUGUUGAUGAUUAAAAUUAACAUUAUUGGUCGAUAAUUAUUUAAUACCACUUAAAAAUAAUGUAUCUAUUAAAUCGCUAUUUAGCUAUUUGGUGCUACGGUUUACGUAGAAAAAAGUUGAUGUGUUCCUAAAUUCAUUGACAUAUGAAUAUCUUCAAUCGCAACCAUGCCGAAGUAUAGGAGCUCAAAUAGUAGUAGAGUAAAAUGUAUAAAUAAACUGCCAUUAUUUAUGGGAUUCGUUGUUGGCAUUCUGUCGGUUUUCACAUAUUAUUUGUUUAUGAACUACGAUAACAAGAAAUUGGUUUCAGCGUCGGUUAAACAAGAAAAUUUCGAUCAAAUUAAUUUCAACAGCAAUACAAAUAAUUACUAUAGAAUAGAUUUGACCAAGGCAAAUAUCAUUCAUAACACAUCGCUUUUGUGCCUUAUAUUUAUAAACGAUAUUGAUUCUUUACUCGUACAACAAAAUGUUUGGCUUGACAAAUGCGGCAAUAGUAAAAUAUAUGUGAGUAAACAAAAACAUAUGUAUAUUGGUCAUGUUUUGACCGAAACUUAUUCACCACAUCCGUGGAAGUAUUAUUGCCAGACUCUACUACAUUUACAUAAGAAAUACAAUUAUAAUACUAUUAAAUAUGAUUGGAUAUUCUUGGCCAAGGAUAAUAUCUGGUUAAUUUAUGAAAACUUGAUGCAUUUAAUAUCUUUAAUAAACAUCAACAAAUACAAUCAUAACUACUAUGCAGGUCAAUAUGUCAAUGGAGCUAUAAAUGUUAACGCAGGCUUAUUACUUAGUGCUAAUACAUUAGCAGCUUUAUUCCAUUUGCUCAGUAAUAUGGAUGCAUGUAAUGAGGAUGGAUCCAUUAAUGAAAAUCAAAUGUUAAAUUUCUAUAUAAGGAAAUUAAGCAAUGCGAUACCUAUUAGUAAUAUGGAUUCAUUUGGCUGUACCUUGUUUCAUUCAACAAAUCUUACUGAAGCUUUUAAUAUAAAAAGUUUAAGACCAAAAAUUCUGAAUAAAUGUAUAAGCAGAUUUGCUAUUACAUUUCAAUUAGGUUUAUCUCCAAACUAUUAUGCAAUGUUUUACAAGUAUGCUCUGUACAAAGUCAGAUUAGUAACUAAACAAGAUUUAAUGUAUAAUUCUAAAAGUAUUUUACCAGCGCCAUCUCCUGAAGAUGAAGACAUUUGGCGAAUAGAAGCACUUUAUGAAUUAAAUAUUGAUCCUAGUAAUAUGUCUCAAACUGAUUUUUUUUACUAUUGGUCAAAACAUCGGCAAAUCAUUUUAUAA